UGAUGAUAAUGGUGAUGGUGGUGAUGGCGAUGGUGUUUCCGAUAAUAAUGAUGAAAUGGAAUGUACUGCUAGUUCUGGUAUUACCAUGAAUAAUAAUGAUAAUGAUAAUAAUAAUAGGAUGAUACCAUCAAAUGAUGAUGGUAAUGAUGCGGAUACCGAUGAUAAUAAUGAUGAUGAUGUUGAUGAUGGUGAUCAUGGUGAUGAACAAAUAAACAAAUCAACAGCUGAACAACCGAAUCAGGUAUCGGAAAAUCAUCAAACAGAUACUGAUAAUGAUAAUAAUGAUGAUGAUGAUUCGAAUGAUAUGAAAUGUUCAAAAUCCGAAACAAUAAUGAAAAAACAAUCGAUUAUUAAUAUCGAUAGUAAAACAACAUCGAUUAAUCGAAGAAAAUUAUCAACAACAUUAGCUAAUAAUAAAUCGAUUACAAAUAAUCGUUUAAAUAGUCGAAAUAAUACGGUUGCAGCAUCGCUACAAUUAAGAAUGUUGUCAUCAUUAUCAUCUACAAAUAACAUAAUAACUAAUCAAUUAUCACAACAACAACGGUAUCAGGGUAAUAAAAAUGGAUCAAACAAAAUUAGGACAAAAUCUUUGAAUAAUCAAUCAUUCAUACAAAAUGGUGGAAAUUUAUCAAGAAAACGAAAAUAUUCAUCAUUAAAAUUGGCUUCGAAUAAAUCAUUGGCAUCAAAUCCAACAACAACAACAGCAACACCAUCGAAUACAUUGUUAAUGUCAACAAUGAAUCAAUCAAUUCCAACAACAUCAUUAUCAUCAUCAACAACAUUACCAUUAAAUCAAAUAUUAAUGGCACAACAACAUAUGGAUCAAAUGUUGAUCAAUAAUAAUAAUUCGAAUCAAUUUAUUUCGGGAAAUCUACAUAAUAAUCAACAAAUGUUAACCAAUAAUAAUAAUAAUAAUAAUCAGCAACAACAACAACAUCCACAAUUAACACAAUCAGCAUUUACAGCAGCAACUGCUGCAUUAGCAACAGCAGCAGCUGCAUCCGGUAUCACUGUUAAUCAAUUAAUUGCACAGUUAAUGGCACAAGCAAAUCAACAACAAAUGUUUUUACAACAAGUACAAGCUGAUCUUUUACAACAACAACAACAACAACAACAAAGUAAACAACAUUUAAUGUCUAUUUCAUCGCCACCAACAUCUACAACAGUUUCCUCAUCAAAUAUCCAAUCACCAACACAAUCAUCAUCAAUGGCAGCAGCAAAUUUAUUUCCUCAAUUAUUAGCAGCAGCAGCAGCCGCAUCAUCUACAUCACCAGCAAUAACAUCGUCUCAAACAGCAGCAUCGACCAUAAAUGGUUCACAACAAUUAUUACCAUCAAUGGCUACUAUUCAACAAUUACAGGCACAAUUAUUAUUACAGAAUCAGGGUCUAUUUCCACCGAAUAUUCUAGCACAAGGUUUACAGAAUUUAGCUGCAUCAAGUGCAGCAGCUGCAUUUCUUAAUUCUCCUGUAUCAAAAGGUUCUGUUCCAAGUCCAUCGGCACCAAGUCCUACAUUAACCGGUGGUGGUGGUAUAAAUUCGCAUUCACAACAUCAUCAUUCUCAUCAUCAUCAUCAUGAUGGUAAUGGUCAUAAAUCACCAUCAACAUCUAUUGAACAUCGACUUAAUCUAUUAUCAUCAUCAACAACAACAACCACAUCAUCAUCAUCAUCACCAAGUCCAUCAUCGAAUUUAAUCCAUCAUCAACAUCAUCAUCCAUUAUCACAUCAUUCAAUUCAUCAUCAUCAUUCACGAAAUUCACCUGGAUCAUUAUUACAAACAUUACCUUUAUUAUCGGGACAAUCCAAUAACAACAAUAGUAAUAAUAAUAAUUCAUCGAAUAUAAUUGGUUAUGAAUGUUCCAUUUCUAGUCCAUCACGAGCAUCAGAAGCUAUUAACAUAAGUAAUAAUAACAACAAAAAUAUUGAUCAAUUAUCACCCACACAACAAUUAUUACAACAAUAUCAAAAAAAUUCAAAUGAUAAUGAUCAAUUAAUGAUUGGUAAUAAACAACAACAACAACAACAAUCAUCAUCAUUAGAUAAUAAUAAUAUUAUCGAUUCGAUUAGUAGUGGUGGAUCAAUCUCAACACAUACAAAUACAAAUCCAAAUCAUCAUAAUCAUCAUAAUCAUCAUCAUAAUAAUCAUUCACAUUAUCAUGGAACAAAUACACAAUCAAAUCGUUCAAUUCGUUCACCAUCAACUAAUCAUGUUGCACAAACAUCAACAACAGCCGGCCAUCAUCAUCAUCAUCAUCAUCAUCAUUCACAUCCACAUCAUCAUCUAGCAUUAUGUAAAGCAGCAUCAACAAUGCCAUCGGCUGUAUUAAUGAAUCAACAACAACAACAAUCGGGACAACAACAACGGGCUAGUAGUGCAAAUACAAGUGCAAAUAAUCAAACCGGUAAUACAAACAAUAAUAAUAAUAAUAAUAGUGAACUUAAUCCGGAUGAAAUGACCGAUCUUGAAGAAUUGGAACAAUUUGCUAAAACAUUCAAACAAAGACGUAUUAAGUUGGGUUUCACACAAGGAGAUGUUGGAUUGGCUAUGGGUAAAUUAUAUGGAAAUGAUUUCAGUCAAACAACUAUAUCACGUUUUGAAGCAUUGAAUUUAAGUUUUAAAAAUAUGUGCAAAUUAAAACCAUUAUUACAACGAUGGUUAGAAGAUGCUGAUGCAUCAUUGAAUAAUCCAACCGGUGGAUCUGAUUCAUUAAGUGGACGAAGACGUAAAAAACGUACCAGUAUUGAAACAAGUACACGUGUAGCAUUAGAACGUGCAUUUCUACAGAAUCCAAAACCAACAUCCGAAGAGAUAACAAUGUUAGGUAAUUCAUUAUGUAUGGAAAAAGAAGUGGUACGUGUUUGGUUUUGUAAUCGACGACAAAAAGAAAAACGAAUCAAUCCACCAACAACAACAUCAUCAGCAUCAAGUGGUGCAGCAUCAAAUUCACCUGGACCAAGUUCACCAUUAUCAUUAGUAUUUGGUGGUAGAAAUUUUCUUGAUGAACAAGAUGAUGAUGAUGAUUAUAUUGAUUAUGAUGAAGAUGCAACCAGUGAUGAUGAUGAUGAUGAUAAUAAUAAUGGUGGUAAAGAUGAUCUUCAUUUUACUGGACAUUUUUCACAUCUUAAUCAUCAUCAACAACAACAACUUCGAUCAAUCGAAUCUGAAGAUGAACAACAACAACAUCAUCAUCAUCAAGUCGAUGAAGAGGAAAUACUUAAUAAAUCAGCUAUACAACAGCAAAUAUCAUCAAUAAAAUCAGCCAGUAAUAGUAAUGGAAGACGAAAACAAAGUCAACAUUCAAUUAAUCGUAAUCGUCAUAGUAAUAAUGUAUCACCGAUAACAACAACAACAAUAUUACCAUCAUCAUCAUCAUUAGAUCCAUUUGAUUUUAAUCAACAACAACAACAACAA